AUGUUUCCUUCCCAUUUUCAAUUUAUUAACUCUCGCGCCCUUCGACUCAAACUCUCUUUCUCAUUUCUACUUGUGCGCUUCACUCUCUCAGACUCUCUCGCUUCAUUUCUUCGUUUUUCCCUGUUGCCCGUUUCCGUAAGAAACCUUCCUCAUCCAUACAGAAGCAGUGCUCCUAUUCGAACCAUUCGCCACUCAAACCACUCGGCACUCGAACCACUCGACACUCGGGCCAUUCGACACUCGAACCAUUCGAACUAUUCGACCAUUCGCGUCAUUCGAAUCGAUCCGUUCGAAACGAAUAGGAGCACUGCUGCAAACCUGUCACAAGCUGUUGUGCAGCUGCCGCCUUCUCUUUCGAUAGCCUCGAUAGGCCCGAUUCAGACCGCACAUGGAGCUCUUGAGGAAGCGAUAGCAUUUCCUGUGACAGUGAUGCGAAUUGUGGGACUUCUGUCUGGUCGACGCUGCAUCUUGGAUGGGUUACGAAUGUUCAUCAUGGGAUCAUCAAGCCAUAUAAGGAUCUUUAGUCAAGGGGAUCGCAAUGAAAGGAAUGAGAGACUAUUUGUUCGAGAUAAAAAUCUUGAUGACGAGGAAGUGCGUUUUAGAAAACAAUUGAGAUUGUGGACAACAAAGGCUGAUAUGGCUUUCCAGAAUCGACCCUCUAAUGCAGUUCCAAUGACUGAAUCACCUGUCGCCAGCCAGGUCUUGAGAAUGAAUUCAAGCGGCAAUAAGAUGACACCCUCGUUUUCAGGAAGCGGGAUCACAUCGCUUGUCUGUGGCGUUGGUUCAGAAACAGGGUAUUGAGCAGACAUAAGCGUUCUGGGAGAAAAAAUCUCAAUAACACAAGUAAAGAAAUAGUAUAUCAUGUCCGCUCGAAUGAUGUAUCCUGUCGACUCUGUAUCGUGUUUCAACAGUGCAAGCUCCUCAGGGUCACAGUUCGGCCAUUCGCCAGGAAUGAGUGCUUCCGGGUUGCACCGUGACAAUUUUUCUACAAAAAAUAGCAGUGAUGACAGAGCACGAUCUGCCUCAGAAGUGGCUCUCAUAUC